UCGUCGGUGCCUCGGUGGACUCUGGACAGUGGCACCGGUCCAGCAGCCCCUCUCCGCAAGCGUGCUCUCGCUACCGUCUCCCUUCCCAAACCCCCAUUCCCCAACGUCAAACCCUACUCCGAUCGCCGCCAUGGACGCCGACGGCGGCGGCGAACACGAAGGCCCCAUGACGUACGCCCAGGCACAGCAGUUCUUCACGUCCAUGGAGGGCCCGACAGCGCAGGAGCGCAUCGACUACAUCUUCGCCUCCCUCAUCUCCCUCCUGCCGCGACCCUUCGUCCCCGCCCCCGAGGUCGCCGGCGACGACUCCGACUCCGACUCCGAACACGAGCGCUUCUCCCUCACCUCCUCCGACUCCUCGGAGGCCUCGGGCGGCGUCGGCGCGGACCCCGCCGCCGCGUUCCAUCCGGCGGCGGUCGGCGACGGCGAGGACCACAUCAGCCACCUCCCGGACGCGCUCCUCUCCAACAUCAUCUCGCGCCUCACCACCAAGGAGGCCGCGCGCACCGCCGUCCUCUCCACGCGCUGGGGCGGCGUCUGGGCCGCCACCCCGCUCCUCGUCGACGACGCCCACUUCUUCGGCGCCGACCGGCACUCCGACAUCCCCAUCAUGCGCGCCGUGUCGCGCUGCGUCGCCGCGCACCCUGGCCCCGUCCGCGCCGUGCGCGUCACCCGCGUCUCCUUCCACGCCAACGAGUACCCGCUACAGCGCCUGGUCGCGGACCUCGCCGACAAGGACGUCAAGGACCUCAUCCUCUUCAACCGCCCGUGGCCGCUCAACAUGCCGCUCCCUGUGGACAUCCUCCGCUGCGCCUCCCUCGAGCGCCUCUACCUCGGCGUGUGGCACUUCCCGGAGAUCACCGCAGCUCGCCCCUCCGUGUUUCACGAGCUCCGCGAGCUUGGCCUCUUCCACUGCGUUGUCCGCGACAAAGAUUUGGACACCCUGCUCGCGCACUGCCCGAAGCUCGAGAUCUUCUCCAUCGUCAUGUCCUACGGCGCACCGUCACGCCUCCGCAUCGUGUCCCCCAGCCUCCGUGUUGCGGUGGAUUGGCAAUCCACCCUCCGUGAGGUCUCUGUUGAAGACGCUCCCUGCCUCGAGCGGAUGAUCUUCCACACCAUUGAAACAAGGAGGUCCAUCAAGAUUGUUAGCGCACCUAGGCUGCAAGUGCUCGGCUUCCUCAACCUCAACUUACAUAAGCUGGAGAUUGGUGGCACUGCAAUCAGGGCCGGGAUGAACGUGGGGGCCAGGGCCAUGGUUCCGAGCUUGAAAAUACUCGCUGUGACUCUUCAGUUUGCAUGCAACCAGGAGGCCAAAAUGUUGCCCACCCUACUCAAAUGCUUUCCUCACCUGGAGAAGCUGCAUGUCCUGGCCAUUCCAUCCAAGCCCCCUAGCAGUGCCCAUGGUCUAGAGUUCUGGGAAUCCCUGGAUUCUUGCGAGUGCCUUCGGUUGCGUCUGAACACUCUCAAUGUUUAUGGGUGCCUGGUGCAGACAAACGAGAUCGGGUUCCUGCAGUACAUGAUCAGAGAGGGGAAAGCACUCAGGGCUGUGGGCCUUUGCCCCUCACCUAAUAACAAGGUGGCGAUGGACUUGGUCUUAGCUUCUUUUGAGAGCAAGGAAGCAUCUUUUGUUGAGAGCAAGAGAUCAUCAAGAGGUGGAAGCAGUGCUGAUGUUAUCCUUGCCGAAAUCAAUGGUAGCCAGAUCUUCCAAAAUGCCAUCGACAUGUCAAUAGAUGACCCCUUCUUCUCGGACAACAUUCCACUUUGAUCCUCGGACAACAUUCCACUUUCAUGUUCCUGAUGCUGCUGUUGAUGCUUUGUUACUGCACAUUCAUAAUUUGGCUAGGGAUUUUAUGACUUUUAUUCUACUUAUUCAAGAGGUUUUAGUGAAUUCAGCAUGGGGAGAAACUUAGACAUGGGUGCCUGAAAGCAAGUUUAUUGCAUCUAAUUCUGAGUUAUGCUUCUGUUGAGACAAACUAUUAUUUUGAGUUUGCCAAGUACCUUUUCUGUAUGUUGAUUUGGUCACUUUUGCC